AUGGGUCUUGAGUGUGAUGUUUGGUUCCAGGUGGUGGAAAUGGAGCAGGACCGGGAAGCAUAUAGGCAGGUGCUAGUCCUGGCUGGACACUCGCCUGGCCACCGGCAGGGCAGAGUCACGCUGCCCCGGGACUCUCUCUGGACACCAGGACUCACUAUCCGGGAAGUGCUCUGGGUGAACUGGCAGGGCCAGAGCCCACAGGCCCGAGUGGACCGGGAUGGCCACAUCGAGCUCUACCUGGCCCUCACCACGGAGACCAACUGUGACUUUGAGCUUUUCCACUUCCCCAGGGACCAGAGCGACUGCAGCCUCAGCUUCUUUGCUUUUGGCAACACUGUGAUGGAGCUGGAGUUCCAGGCCCAUGUGGUGAAUGAGAUGGUGAGUGUCAAGAGGGAAUACGUAGUUCAGGAUUUGAAAACCCAAGUCCCAUCCCAGCAGCUGGUGCCCUGCUUCCAGGUGACGUUGCGCCUGCAGAACACAGCGCUAAAGGCCAUCAUAGCGCUCUUGGUACCCGGGGAGGCACUGCUGUUGGCUGACCUGUGCGGGGCGCUGCUGCCCCUCCGGACGGCGCGCGUUGCCUACAAGGUGACCCUGCUGCUGGGCUACCUAGUCUUCCACUCCUCCCUGGUUCAGGCCCUGCCCAGCUUCUCCUCCUGCAACCCGCUGCUCAUUCACUACGUCACUGCCCUGCUGCUGCUGCUCUUCAGCACCACGGAGGCCGUGCUGCUGUCCGUGCUGCUGGCCCACAGCAACCUCAGGGCUGAGAGCAGCCCCGGCCCAGUCCUGAGCGGGGAGCGGCACGACUGUGGGAACCCAGGGCCCAAUCCUGAAGAAGCCUCCAGAGGAGUAAAGGGGUCCAGGAGGAGCUGCACUGAAGCUGCUGACCACAUCUUCCUGGUGUACGUGGCAGGGGUGCUGUGUAGCCAGUUCAUCUUCGCUGUGCUCUGGACGUGGGCGACAUGCAAGUCGGACCCAGCCCCUGGUGAGGCUGCACCCCACGGCGGGUGGCCCAGGCUGUAA